UGUCUGUCGUUCUCCCGGUGGGCCGGAGUGAAGCGUGACUCCGCGCACUGUAAUAGGAAGUUCCCCUCCAAAACUUUUAGGAAACAAUCCUGUCCGACCUGCACCAAAUGAACGACGACCUCAUAAUCCUAAUCAUGGGAAAGCUUCUCAGAGAGUGAGGAGGAGCUGCAUCAGCUGUCAUGGAUGCACAAACAGGAACUGAAGGAUUCACUGUUUGAUAUGUACAAAGCUAAUCCUAAAGUCAAUGAAGAACUGAAACAAAGGCUGCCGUCCCCUGUAAAGCACCAUUGUUCAGAGACCACACCACAACUUGGAUCCUCUUUAGUUGAAACUACCUCCGCUACAUCCCAAUGUCAGAGUUUAUCAAAAGCCCUGGAGGAGAAACUCAUACAAGCAUCUAAGAUUCCCAAGCCCAGAGAAGGUUUGACGCUCAGACUCCCACCACCCCCGCCCGUGCCAGGCCCAGUUGCAGCUGAAGUGAGAAUCAUGGAGGAGGAGAGACGGUCUCCACAGAGACCUGUGGCACAGCAGGAGCAGGAUAUUAACGAGACAGCCAGCAGUCCGGUCCACACACCUAACGUCAGCAGGGCAGGGUCUGCCGUACUCAGGCAUGCUCAUGCUCAUGAGGACCAGGGAAAUUCCAAAGUUAUCAGCGACUCCAAAAAGCAAGUCCCAGUUCUGGAUAGAGAGAAAAACAUUGCUUUUCUCCUGAAGGAGCUGGAUUCCCUUAGAGACCUCAAUAAGAAGCUCCAGGACAGGUUGGUGCUGAAGGAGAAAGAGUUGGAAACCAAGCUGCUGAACUCUCAGCUACAGGAGGCUGAGCAGGAGGCGUGUGCCAGUGAGAGAGCAGCAGCGUUAGUCGAGGAAAUCUAUAAGGCUCAAAGGGAGAGAGACCAGGCUGUGAUGGCCAGACUGCGUCUGGCUAAUGAGGAGAGGGAUGAAGCUUUACUUCGGGCAAAGAAGCUUCAGGAGGCGACGCUGGAGCUGGAGAAUAUUAAACCUGAAGAAAGUGAUGUGGACCUGGAGGAGUUGUUGAACAAGGUUAACAGUGCAGACUCUGCCCUCGCUAUCGAGCAGAGCGGGACGGCCAUCAUCGAACAGAUCCAGAGGGCCAGAGAGCGUCGCUCCCAGAUCACCUCAGAGGAGAUGAAAGCCGUCAUAGAGGAGAGGGACGCUGCUUUAACCAGGUGCAAGCGUCUGGAACAAGAGCUGCUUCGUGUGAAAGAGCCGUGCCAUAAUUCUGCAAACAGCACCCGCCACCUGGCCACCCAAAACAAUCGGGAACGAGCGAGCAAGCGAUUUGCAGCGAUAGACUGGCGGCCCCGGGUGUCUGUUUGA